AUGAGCAGCGUGGGGGUGGCGCGGGUUGAGCGUCGCGAUCGCCUCUGCUUCCCCGGGGCGGUCGAGUCGAGUCGAGUCGAGCGGCGGCGGCGGAGGCGGCGGUGGAACAGGAGGAGGAGAAGGAGGCGCGGGAGGCGGCGGCGGGGGCGGCGGCGACGCGCGCGGCUGGGGGCGCCUCUAACGGUGGCUUUGUCUCCCCAGAGCGGCGGUGGCGGAGGAGGCGACAACGCGGGACGCGCCAACGGGCACCCCGGAGACAACCCGUUCUACAGCAACAUCGACAGCAUGCCGGACAUCCGGCCGCGCCGCAAGUCCAUCCCGCUCGUGUCGGAGCUGACCAUGGCCGCCACCAAACGCAACGCGGGACUCACAUCUGCCGUGCCGCGCGCCACGCUCAACGACGAGGAACUGAAGAUGCACGUGUACAAGAAGACGCUGCAAGCGCUCAUCUACCCCAUCUCGUCGACGACGCCGCACAACUUCGUGCUGUGGACGGCGACGUCGCCCACCUACUGCUACGAGUGCGAGGGGCUGCUGUGGGGCAUCGCGCGGCAGGGCGUGCGCUGCACGGAGUGCGGCGUCAAGUGCCACGAAAAGUGCAAGGACCUGCUCAACGCCGACUGCCUGCAGCGCGCCGCCGAGAAGAGUUCGAAGCACGGCGCGGAGGACAAGGCGAACAGCAUCAUCACGGCCAUGAAGGAGCGCAUGAAGCAGCGCGAACGCGAGAAGCCGGAGAUCUUCGAGCUGAUCAUGAUCUGCGCGCAAGGCCUCAUCGCCAAGGACAAGAGCGGCACCAGCGACCCCUACGUCACCGUGCAGGUGGGCAAGGUGAAGAAGCGGACGCGCACCAUGCCCCAGGAGCUCAACCCCGUGUGGAACGAGAAGUUCUACUUCGAGUGCCACAACUCGUCGGACCGCAUCAAAGUACGAGUAUGGGACGAAGACAACGACCUCAAGUCCAAGCUGCGUCAGAAGCUGACGCGAGAGUCAGACGACUUCUUGGGGCAGACCAUCAUCGAGAAGCGCACAGACAAGUCGGCGGUGUCGGGCGCCAUCCGGCUGCACAUCAGCGUGGAGAUCAAGGGCGAGGAGAAGGUGGCGCCGUACCACGUGCAGUACACGUGCCUGCACGAGAACCUCUUCCACUCGCUGUGCGAGGACAACUCGGGCGUGGUCACGCUGCCGGCCGCCAAGGGCGACGACGCCUGGAAAGUGUACUUCGACCCGGCGGCCGAAGAGAUCGUGGAUGAGUUCGCCAUGCGCUACGGCAUCGAGUCCAUCUACCAGGCCAAUGACGCCACUUCACUGCUGUCCACCAAGUUACCUGUGCCCCCGGCGUUGCCCGCUGUCAUGAGCACGCUGCUGGGCAACAUCAACGCCUACUACGCGCACAGGUCCACCGGCCUCGGGUCCGCCGUGUCCGGCCAGCGACCGGCUUCGCCGCCUCCAACUUCCGGGAAGGAGAAGUUCGUGAAGCUGCUGGACCAGCUGCACAACUCCCUGCGCAUCGACCUGUCCAUGUACCGCAACAACUUCCCCGCGUCCAGCCAGGAGAAGCUGAUGGACCUCAAGUCCACGGUGGACCUGCUCACCUCCAUCACCUUCUUCCGCAUGAAGGUGCAGGAGCUGAGCUCUCCGCCGCGCGCCUCGACCGUCGUCAAGGACUGCGUCAAGGCGUGCCUGCGCUCCACCUACCAGUUUCUCUUCGAGAACUGCUACGACCUGUACAACCGCGAGUUCCAGGUGGACCCCAACGAGGCGAAGCGCGAGCAGGAGGACCACGGGCCGCGCCUCGACUCGCUCGACUUCUGGCACAAGCUCAUCGCGCUCAUCGUGUCCGUCAUCGAGGAGGACCGCAACAGCUACGCGCCCGUGCUCAACCAGUUCCCCCAGGAGCUCAACAUCGGCCAGCUGUCCGCCGCCACCAUGUGGAGCUUGUUCGCCGUCGACAUGAAGUACGCUCUGGAGGAGCACGAGACCCAUCGCCUCUGCAAGUCGUCCGCCUACAUGAACCUGCACUUCAAGGUCAAGUGGCUGCACGCCAACUACGUGAAGAACGUGCCGCCCUACAAGGGCUCGGUGCCCGAGUACCCGGCGUGGUUCGAGCCCUUCGUCAUGCAGUGGCUCAACGAGAACGACGACGUGUCGCUCGAGUACCUGCACGGCGCCUUCACGCGCGACAAGAAGGACGGGCGCAGCAGCGAGCACGCGCUCUUCUCCAACUCGGUGGUGGACGUGUUCACGCAGCUCACGCAGUGCUUCGACGUCGUCUCCAAGCUCGAGUGCCCCGACCCGGAGAUCUGGAAGCGCUACAUGAAGCGCUUCGCCAAGACCAUCGUCAAGGUGCUGGUGGAGUACGCGGACAUCGUCAAGAAGGAGUUCCCCGUCCACCUCAAGGAAGAGCGAAUUGCGUGCAUCCUCAUGAACAACAUCCAGCAGCUGCGAGUGCAGCUGGAGAAGAUGUUCGAGGCGAUGGGAGGGGAGAAGCUGGAGGAGGACGCCGCCAACAUCCUCAAGGAGCUGCAGCAGAACCUCAACAACGCGCUGGACGACCUCGCUAUGCAGUUCGCCACCAGCCUGGAGCCGCGCAUCACGCAGAGCGUGCGGGAGCUGGGCGACCUGUUGCUGGCCAUCAAGGGCGGCGGGCAGGUGACGCUGAACCAGCCGUCGCAGCGCAACGCCGUGGCCGCCGAGGCCGACGAGGUGCUGCGCCCGCUCAUGGAUCUGCUGGACGGAUCGUUAUCGCUGUACGCACAAUCGUGCGAGAAGACGGUGCUCAAGCGGUUGCUGAAGGAGCUGUGGAAGAUCGUAAUGCGCAUCCUAGAGAAAACCGUGGUGCUUCCGCCAAUGACGGACAAGAGCAUGAUCCUGAAAAACCUGACAGACAACGCGAAAAAUCUCGCGGCGAACGCCAAGAUCGAAGACAUGGGCCGGCUCUUCAAGAACCACAUGGCGGGCAAGCAGGAUGUGAAGAACGCUCUCAGCGGAGUCAUGGACAUCUCGAAGGAGAUGGAGAAGAACCUGUCGCCGAAGCAGUGCGCGGUGCUCGACGUGGCGCUGGACACCAUCAAGCAGUACUUCCACGCGGGCGGCAACGGCCUCAAGAAGACCUUCCUGGAGAAGAGCCCCGAGCUGCAGUCGCUGCGCUACGCUCUCUCGCUCUACACGCAGACGACGGACACGCUCAUCAAGACGUUCGUCACGUCGCAGACCAACGAAGGCGACAUGAACCCCGACGAGGGCAGCGUGGGCGAGGUGUCCAUCCAGGUGGACCUCUUCACGCACCCGGGCACCGGGGAGCACAAAGUCACCGUCAAGGUGGUGGCGGCAAACGACCUCAAGUGGCCCACGGUCACCGGCAUGUUCCGCCCUUUCGUGGAGGUGAACCUGAUCGGGCCGCACCUGGCGGACAAGAAGCGCAAGUUCGCCACCAAGUCCAAGUCCAACAACUGGUCGCCCAAGUACAACGAGACCUUCCACUUCAUCAUCGGCAACGAGGAGCAGUUGGACUACUUCGAGCUGCACAUCUGCGUGAAGGACUACUGCUUCGCGCGCGACGACCGGCUGGUGGGCGUGGCGGUGAUGCAGCUCAAGGACAUCGUGGAGCGGGGGUCGUGCGCGUGCUGGCUGGGGCUGGGCAAGCGCAUCCAGAUGGACGAGACGGGCUGGACCAUCCUGCGCAUCCUGUCGCAGCGCUCCAACGACGAAGUGGCCAAGGAGUUCGUCAAGCUCAAGUCCGACAUCCGCACGGAGAACCCUCUGCCCAACCCUACUUGAAGGGCCAGCCCCCCGCCGCCGCCGCCGCCGCCGUCGCUGCCCACGCUGCCGC